UAGAAAACAUGAUCAGAAAGAGGAAUCAAUACUUUGUACGCCAUACAUGAAAAAUUCACCAAACUUUGAUGCAACACCAAGAGGUAACACAAAACCAACUGUGAUAACAAAGUCUCGUAGAAUCAGUUUUACGACUUUAUCUGAAGAGAGCACAGACUCCAACCAGAUGCCCUCACGCCGCAUCAAACCCACACCAAUCCAAGGCAACAAGGCAUGGCAUAACAACAAGAUCUUCCUGGAUUCCGCACAAAGUACAACUGACACCCACAUGCUUGUUGGUGAAACUUCAGGAGCGACAGAUAGGAGAGGGUCCCUGACAGAGGAGCGUGAACUAUUGAAACAAGAAAAAGCCAAGAGACUUCAACAAGGAGAGCUAACUAGGCUGUCAGCAUCUCCUGGUGGCCCAAUGACACCUUCAAAGCUUUUGGAAAGGUCAACCUCUGUCCUGGAGAUAACUAUUGCUGACCCCUCAUCUGUGACACACAAAGAUAAACUGGAUGUCCUCGCAGAACUGUAUUCCUCAUGUCUCAAAGAUAACUUGCUUCCCAAUCUUGCCGUGGAGAUUUACUUUGUGGUACAGCUGAUGACGUCCCGGAGUGCUGAUGUGGAGCUUGUCUCCAGUACUGGCGGGCUGGAUAUGAUUGACACCAACUUUUUCUGCUCUGUUCACAAUGCUGUCUAUUUUGCUGUCAAAGUACUGGAGUCACAAGUCGGUUUUCUGAGGUGUUUAGACCGAUGCACUCUGCGACUCCUGUCAGAAAACCAGAGAAUAGCUGUCUUCUCUGAAACACUUACAGACUGGCUGAUCCUAGAACAUGAUCUGGGGCCCAAGCCUGUGCCUGCCUUCCCCAAAUCUCCAAUAGGAGGUGUAUCAUUCCAAGCAGAAACAGACAACCGCAAAAACUUCCCAAAUGACGCCAGUUUCCACCUCUUCAAGAAACAAAGAGACACAUUUUAUGAAUUGUUGAGAGAAUGGGAAGCCAACCACAUGAGUUCUGGAUGGUCAGUAGCUGCCUUCCUCGGAGACAAGAUACGAGCACUUGUAAACUUCAAAACAGAGCUUGCUAACCAUGUCCACUUUGCUCGACUGUUCCAGUCACAGCUUAUAACGAUGUGUAAGGGAGAUGGCAGCUUGAAGCCUGAUGGGGAGGAUGAGGACGAUGCUCUGCUUAAUCAGCUGAAAAGGACAAACCCUGAGAAGUUUAAAAGACUGCAGGAGCGGUUCAUCAUGCCAUUGAGUGUAGGGGGACCCUGUCCUGCCCCAUCCUUUCCAGGCUGUCAGGAAUUCUUUCGUGAUUUCAUCAUGGCAGCUAGCAGUCCAAUCUUCAACCAACACCUCACAGAUACAUUCUCAGCCAAAGUCAUGGAGUUAAACGAAAUGUCCAUUGCAUCUCAGGAGGAGACGCAGACUGACCAGGAUGGCUCUGAUGAUGAAGAGAAGGACCGAUUUGUGUCGUGUUUGAUGACAGUAAGACUGGUGGCAAAAUUCCUGGGCUUCGUGACUUUUCUCCCUUAUCAGACAGGAUCACGGAUCUCUGACGAACUGGGCGCCAUGUACAUCUCCCUGCGUAGUCAUUCGAUGCAAAUUGACCUCACUAGAUGCCUUAAGACAGCAUUUUUCCUUGGACGUCUGACCUUGACAGUUCCGUGGGUAGUGGAAUUUUUGAGUAUGAUGGAUCAGAUAGCACCGAGCUUGGAACCAAUACAGAUAACACUGUUUGUCCUUCUCUACCUACACCAACAGACCUGGGGAAGUGCAGAGUUUACCAAUGCCUGUUAUGCCAAUCUGUUGGUGGUAACCAACAUCAGCUGGUUGUUUGAGGUUUGUAGCUUUUAUUACCUCAGUGAAUCUGAGAUUUUCAUGUAG